AUGGAGUGGACUUUAGUGUACCACGACGGGCCUUUCAAGGGCCGCGUGGAGCCUCUGAAGCUUUUGCUGGAGGACGCGGGCGCGGAGUAUGCGGUGUCCCAUGAGAACCUCUACGGCCCUGAGGGGCUGAUGGACGCAUUCCGCGGCAGCGCGGAGGCGGCGGUCAAGGACACGGCACCCUUCCCGGUGAUGUUCCCCCCGGUGCUGUGGCAUCGACCUCCGGGGAAGGAGGAGGUCUUCGUGAACCAAACGGCGGCGUGCCUCACGUACCUGGCUACGGCCCUUGGGUACCAGCCAGCCUCGGCCGCCGAGCAGGCGCGGGUGGACCAGAUCACACAGAACUGCGUGGACUACAUCGGGGAGGGCCGUGGGUCCUUCCACCCGGUGAACAACAAGGAGUCCUACUCCAGUCAGAAGGAGCAGGCGGACAAGGCGUCCCUGGAAUGGAGCAAGAGUCGAAUGCACAUUUGGCUGCAGCACUUGGAGAAGGUUGUGAAGCGCUCGGGGCUUGAGCGCCCUGUGGCCGGUGGCGCUAGCGUCAGCUGCGCCGACUUCAUGCUGUUUCACGCCUUGGAUGCCACGGAGGCCCAGUUCAACACCGAGUUUUACGGCAAGGCCUGGGACGCCGCGAGUGUCCCUGGGCUGAAGGCCUACAAGGCCUGGAUGGCCAGCCGUCCCAAGCUGCAGGCGUACUUGGCUUCCGACCGCCGCAAGCCCUGGGCCGGGGAUUCCAUGAUGUAA